AUUAAAGUAUGCUACAAGGUUAGCCACCAGAAUAAUCUACCACAAAUCAUAUAGUAAUACUGGAAUAGAUUGCAAUUUCCAACUAUCUCCAGCCAGGGUUGUGGGGGACUGGGGGUACCUCUACCCCGUGUAGCAGUUACAACCUUUGGACGUAGCAUCACAACAAGGUUAACCUACUAAUAGCUGUGGCUCAUCCAGGCGAUACCUUUGGCUAUACGCGGACAGUGGCGAGCCCAUACAAAUACUAGAAAGUUUAGCAGCACCGUAUCGGUAAUGCGCCGGGCAAGCAGCAAGCGCUGACACGUCAUAGUUCGCCGCAGCCCUGUGCUGUGGGCUAUGCAUCACCAGCAGCCAAACUAAGCGAAAUUGGGGGCUGAUGUCUUCGGAAACCACGCCGCUGCGGCCACAUCCUUCACCAUCCGAUUCCGCAGCAGCACCCGAAAGCGGCCCCCAAAGCGCGUUAUCGCCCUUGUCGUCAUCGCUAUCCAGGGCAUUUGGAUCUUCCGGUCUCCCUGCGUGGCUUCUGCGACACGAGGAGCAACAGCAACAACAGCAUGAUGGCAGUCCUUCGGCCCAUGAGCAACAUGACGAUGUUGACAGCUUACGACGGCAGACCCCUCCUCCACUUUCGCAACCUUUGCAACACCCAGGCUCCACAACCUCGACAACGCUAACUCCCGAGGCCGCCCACAACCAGCCCCUGCGACCUCCCAGGCCCAGUCCGCUCCCAACUCCCUUCCCGCACCCACAACCGUCAUCAACGCGGCCGCCGUUAUCACCGGCACCAACCUCACUGUCAACACCUCCGUCCCACUCACAGCCCCCGUCCCCAUCUCCAUCGGCUCGCACGCCUCCUCCUCCCAUGCCCCCAUGCAAACCCUGUACCCCCUCCUCAGAGGCCGCUUCCUCUCCCUCCCUACAAAAGCCGCAGCAGCAGCCAGAGCAGCACCAACUCCCCACAACCAGCACAAGUGAACCCCAGGCCCCUUCACUGCAUGCGGGGACGCCCAGCCCAUCCCCAGCUGCGGCAGUGGUGGCGACAACAGCAACGCCGCCCAGGACCGCCCCCUCGCAUCAAGCAUGGGCCAUGGCGUCAUCUCCGGGGCAGCCUGGUGGGAUGCCGCUUCCGGGUUAUGCCGGCGAGGAGGGGGCAACCGGUACUGUUGCUGGCGCCGCCGCCGCAGGAGCAGCAGGUGCGGCCGAUGCAUGUUGCAUCACACCGCCGCCGCCGCCGUUGCGUGGUCGCAGCGGCGUCCCGCGUGUGACGAGCAUCAGUGAGAUUGAGCCGGUGGUUGAGUCUGAGGAGGCCCGCUCCCGCCCGGGGAGUAGCCUGCUGACGCGGGCCUUCAUGGGAAUGGGCGGCGGCAGCAGCGGUGGAGGCUUGGAUCGGCCCCGUGUCUACCGAGUGAGGAGCCAAAACAGCAGCCAUGAUGACGUCACGGUCGUGCUGGAGGGGGCCGAAGACGACGGCACUGCUGCUGCUGCUGGCGGCGGGGGCGGCAGCGGAAGCCUUCGGACCGGUCGCUUCUUCGGUUCCGGCGGCGGCGGUGGCAGCGGGCUCAACCGCAGCAGUAGCAGCAGCUACCAUUCCCCCUUUGGUGGCAGUAGCAGCUUGCCAGCCAAUGGCGGCGGCGGUGGCGGUGCUGGGGUUCUGGGUCCCAGCGUAACGACCCCUGGGUCGCUCUUGAGCAGUCCGUUGCUGGGCGGGUUGUUUGGGGCUAGGACGAGUGGAGGCGGAGGCGGUGGAGGCGGGUCGUCCACGCGCGGGGGUACCUGGUUCACAACGCCUGACAGCAGCGUGCAUGGUGGGGACACGCCAUCGUAUAGGUACCCAGCUACCUCGCCUUCACUGCAGCCGCCCUCUCCGGCGUUUGAGGGCCUUCCCCUGACACGGUCCUCUCGAAUCACCAACGCCUCGGCUGGAUCCAUCCUCACAAAAGCAACCGGCGUCCUGAACACCCCCAUGCGGAAGGCGACCAGUUUCAACAACGUUGGACCCAUGGGUCAGUUCACCACGCGUUCUUCAUGCUCCGGGGCCGCACCGGCUGCUGCUGCUGGUGGUGGCAGUGGUGCACGCCGCAGUGUUAACGGCGGCAGCGGUGGCAGCAGCGGUGGUGGCGGCGGCGGAGCCAGCAGCAGCCUGGGGAGUUGGAUGCGCGGUGCGCUCCCGGGUUUGGUAGUUGGAGGUGGCGGCGGCCGUGACGCCGCGGGUGACGGGGAUGAGGGUGGUCCCAGCGGAACGGCUUCAAGGCGGCCUUCGGAGCCGGACUUGGCGGAUCUGGCGGUCCUUGCCAGCAGCCUGCCUGCUAGUCUUGGCACCUGGAGCCUGCCCCGCAGCAUUGCCCUGGCCUCCAGCCCUCGCAGUGGCAACCAAAGCCUCAGCCGCUGUCUCAGUCGAGCCAACAGCAUUGCUAGUAUCACCGUGAACGGCUCCGGCUCUGCAACCGCUGCCGCUGCUGGUGUUGGAGUUGCCAUGACUCCUAAUGGCGCCGCCGCCGGCAACGGCAACGGUGGAGGAGGACCCAUGGGUCCGUCGGCCUACCCCAUCUGCCUCAUUUGCCUGGACGUGUUGACGCCUGAGGAGUUUGAAGCCGGAGACGCGAUGCAGCUGGCGUGUGCAUGCCGAGGGGAGGUUGCAAUGAGGCACCGCAAAUGUGCCAUUGAGUGGAGCCAUCACAAGGGCGACGUGGUUUGCGACAUCUGCAAGCAGCCCAUAACCAACCUGCCGCCCAUACCCGAGGAGGUGCUCGCAGCACGCGAGGCCGCGCGCCGCCGUCGCCAGCCCGCCUUCAACACCGCCUCCGAACCCAACGUCGCGGACUACACCUUUGACUGCAUCCGAGCCAUCUGGAUCACCAUGAUCGUGUGUGUGCUGUUUUUCGACCUAUCCGUGGAGCAAUCUUUCCUUGCUGGGUUGCUGGUCGGCGCGUUGUUCACACUGUUCAGCAUGUCUGUGGCCGCAUGUGCGCGACGCGCGCGGGCGCGUACGGCGGCUAGGGCGGUGGAACGUGCGGCUGCGGAGUCGAGGGCGCAGGAGCAGCAGCAGCGGCGGCGGCGGCAGCAGGGGCAGGAGCAGCAGGGGUUGGCGGAGCCGUUGCUGGCGGCGGAAGACAGAGUAUAGGGAGGUAUAGGGUAUAGGGAGGUGUAGGGUAGGGAAAGGCUGAGGCCGAGGCGUCGGGAGGAGCCCAGGUAAAGGCGGAUAGUUGUGGGUGGGUAUGUUGCAUGUUGCGGGUGGAGUUGCGCCUGCUUGGCCAGCUCUUUCCUUUUCGGACAAUCCUGAUUAGACCGCUGAUGAGUGGCACAAUGCACGAAGGCUUGCGUUGGGUCCCGUCUGUAGAUACCCGCCUGUAAUAUUGGCGGUAGCAGAUAUGGGGUUACCGGUACGGUCGGGUGCUUGAGUUGUGUUUUGUUGCCUAAUGGAUACAUGCCAUGGAAGUGCCAGGGAAUAGAUCCAAGGCGAUCCUAGAUGCAUGCGGAUCUUGCUCGUACAGUUUAGGUGUUAGUAGCAGUCUGUGUAUCACUCGAUUGCCGUAUUGCGCUUACUGCGGUUACUGGAUUCGUCGUGUUUGCCCUUUGUCAGCGUUGCAGCUUGCAGCCGUACUUUUAGCUAAUGUUUUCUGUUCUUUCCUUCACUUGAUGGCAGGUGUGGGUGUUGGAUGGCGAUUGGAGCCAAAUGAGUGCGAACGGAGUGGAAUUGGCAAAAGACAUGCCGAUGCAGUGAAGCAGUGCCUCAUGUAGAGUGUUGAUUGUUGGGUGAGGGAGGGUGAGGUUGCAUGCACCGUUGAGGGCUUCUGACCCGUGCCCAGUAACGGCCGUAUGCUACUUCCCUGUAUCAUGGAAGCGUUGCAGACCUUGCAGUGCACUGGGCAAAUGUUCGG